AUUUAUAUGGUUCACUCGAUACAGACAUAUAUAUGAGAAUUCCUGGAGGCUUUAAAAUACCUGAUGCUUAUAGCUCGAAAUCUCGAGAUUUAUUUUCCAUAAAAUUGCAAAAGUCAUUAUAUGGAUUAAAACAAUCUGGACGCAUGUGGUAUAACCGUCUAAGUGAAUAUUUGAUUAAAGAAGGAUACAAAAAUGAUCCUAUUAGUCCAUGUGUUUUCAUUCAACGAUCUGAAUCAGGAUUCGCCAUAAUUGCAGUAUAUGUUGAUGAUUUGAAUAUAAUCGGAACUCCCAAUGAAAUUGAAAAUACUGCUAAAUAUCUCAUGAAAGAAUUUGAAAUGAAAGACCUUGGGAGAACAAAAUUUUGUCUCGGCAUUCAAAUUGAACAUUUGAGAAAUGGUAUUUUUAUCCACCAAUCAAAUUAUACCGAGAAACUUUUGAAGCGGUUUUACAUGGAAAAAGCUCACCCACUCAAUUCCCCGAUGGUGGUUCGAUCUCUCAAUGUGCAUGAUGAUCCUUUUCGGCCUUGUGAAGAUGAUGAAGAAAUCAUUGGUCCCGAAAUACCAUAUUUGAGUGCUAUUGGAGCGUUAAUGUAUUUGGCCAAUAAUACACGACCAGAUAUUGCUUUUUCUGUAAAUUUAUUAGCCAGGUACAGUUCUUCUCCGACAAGAAGACAUUGGAAUGGCGUCAAACAUAUAUUCCGCUAUCUCAAUGGUACAAUCGAUCUUGGAUUGUAUUUCAAGAAUGGUGCAAAUACCACUUUAAUUGGCUAUGCCGAUGCAGGAUACUUGUUUGAUCCACAAAAGGCAAAAUCACAAACAGGAUAUGUAUUCACCUAUGGUGAUACCGCUAUCUCAUGGAGAUCGAUGAAGCAAACAUUAACUGCCACAUCAUCAAAUCAUGCAGAAUUAAUUUCUCUUUAUGAAGCAGGUCGAGAAUGUGUCUGGUUGAGAUCAAUGAUCCAGCACAUACAAAAUGAAUGCGGUAUAAAAUCUUUUACUUGUAAUCCUACUGUGAUUUAUGAAGAUAACACAGCAUGUAUAGCUCAGAUCAAAGGAGGUUACAUCAAAGGGGAUAGAACAAAGCAUAUAGCACCAAAACUUUUCUCCACACAUGAUCUUGAGAAAGAAGGAACAGUUGAUGUCAAACAAAUCAAGUCCUACGACAACCCUGCUGAUUUAUUCACAAAGUCAUUGGCACCGAAGAAAUUUGAAGAACUAG